UCAUUCCGUGCAAUAACUUAAACUCAAAUGGGAGACAUAUUCAAGCAGCGAGAAAUAAAGGAUCAAACACGCUAAAAGAAGGGGAUUGGAACUUGGAGAAGUGCAGCAGUGGAUCUGAAAAGCAUUCGUGUUAUGUAUGCAGAGUGGGAACUAAAAGGAUAAAAGGCAAACAAGGAGAGGACAAAGAGGACAUAGAGGAAGGGAUACUGCUAUUUUAUUGGAUUGGUGUGUUUCCUGGAUUUUUUACAUCCCUCCUCCUUGGCUGCAGGCAAAGGAGGAGGCAGAGCUGAAACCACUGCAGGGAUGAAGUACAACUACCAUGUACCUGUGUCAACGUACACACGCACUUCUCAAUACACAACGGGAUACCACACACCGACCCAUUACACCCCCACACAUUACACACCAACUCACUACACAUCCACAUACUCCUCUGCGACAAAAUACACCCCGACACAGUACAGCACCUCGCAUUACACGCCGUCACAUUACACGUCCACGUACAAGGCUUCAUCAACAUACGUCCCCUCGUACAGCAAAAGUUCACGGUAUAGUUCAACACAACGCACAAAAGAAAAGGAAACUCCUGCACCCGUUAUACCUGUUACACCAGCAAAGCGAACUGUGCACUUCCCCAAUGACAUUGUCUUUCAAGACAUUGUAAGACGAGGGGAUAUGGAGCAAAUUGGAAGGUUCAUGAGGGCAAGGAAGGUUCGAGUGGAUACCCUUUUCCACUCAGGUAUGGCAGCACUACAUGAAGCAGUGCUAACAGGGAAUCUGGAGGUGGUGAAGCUGUUGGUGAAAUAUGGCGCUGAUGUCCACCAGAGAGAUGAGGAUGGCUGGACACCGCUGCAUAUGGCUUGUAGUGACGGCUACCCAGAAAUUGCUCGUUACCUACUAGCGAUGGGAGCCAGUACAGAGGCAGAGAAUGAAAGUGGAGAGAAACCUGCAGACCUCAUCGACCCAGAGUGCAAAGAGUUGGCCAAACUGUUUGAAACUGGCUGUGUGUGAUGACAAGGACACACAAUGCAGCAAUGAGAACAACUGCAACAAAGAGGAGUUGAAGAGCCACUUGAAUAUUGAAAACAUUUGGUUUUUCAACUGUAUUCAAUGCCAACAAACGUGUACCAUGGGCCAGGUCACUGACACUGUAAAUGAAGACGAUGAUUUUGUUUUGGUUUGGUUUUAAAUGGAUAGCGCACAUUGCUGUGAGGUGAUAAGGCUUCAAAGCUAUUAUACAUUUACUUGUAAGCUAAGAGUAUUUUAUUUCAUUUAUUUGCAAAUGUUUGCAUCUUUCUGUAUUUGUCAUACCACCAGUGUCUCCACCAUAAAUUCACAUAUUCUUUUCUUUUUGAUUAUUUCAUGUAAUGUCGCAUGCAAACAUGUUGGAAUAUCUUUUUUCUCCUUGAGAAAUGUUAACAAUCUAUAUCCUCCAUUUUAGCCAAAGGACUGUAUUAAAUGUACUAGUGUUAUACAAUCACUUUGGUAGCUGUUGCAGACCAAGCUAUUUUCAGGUUUCCAAGCCAUGUUUAUAUAUUGAUAUUACAACGCAGAAUUGAGCUGAGUUGUUUGUGUCUCACAGGGAGAUUCAUGUAUCCUUACUGCUGGGCAGAAAGAGGAUCAUUAAUAAUUCACAUUUCAAUAACAGGUCAGAAAUUUAUAAAAGCGACAUCAGGUUUUAUGUACUUCUACUUCUGCUGAAUUUUUCCCUCAUGUAUUGUGGUUGUUUUCUGUAUUAGAAACUGAGCUGGAGAAAAUAUGAAUGUCUGCAAUGAAAGUCUU